GUCUCCGACGAGGAGAAGGUAGACAAUGAUGAGGAACUUCCGGAGCGCGCAGACGAAGCCGCAGAUGGUCCUGAGGAUGGCAACCAGGAGAAGCGGUACACUAAGGAACCGCUGGCUAGAGAGUUCAUGGUGAGAUUGCUGAGGGCAAACUUUGAGCUGGACAAUCAGGAGGAGUACCAAGCACGCCGGCUUGCCCUCAGGAAUAGUGGGCCAUUGAGCCACUACCGAGCGUCGGCUGCAGCUCUUUAUCUCAUGGCUGACUGUCACAAUGAGUUCAAGCACUGCAGUAUGGCGUGGGCAGGAGUCCUCCUGUCUCGCGGCAGCGUUUUCUUCCACCGCAAGGAGCGUGAGCAUUUCCUGUCGCUUGGGUUCAAGCAGUGGUGCUGUAUCGGGGCACGGUUGACUUGCGUCAAGGUCGGCAACAAG